UUUUUAGUUAUUGAAGAAAAGUUAAAAAUCUGAUUAAUUUUAUAAUGUGGCAAGUCAAGGCAAUUAAUGAGAUCAGCUGUCCACUUAAUAUAUAUGAAUAAUAACUAGUGGAAUUAUACACAUAUGUGUAAUCAAGAUUAAUCAUAAGCAAUCGCAAAGUGAGGACAUCUGAACGCAAGUCGUCGGAGCCGCCUCAUUUGAAUAGCAUAAAAAGAGAAAAAACAAAUUGCGUAAAUAAUACGAAGACUCUGUUAUACUGGAGCAAAACGGAGAAAGUACUAGGGGUGCAGAGUCCCCCGACGCCAACCAAGAAAAUCGAGCGACGUGUUGGUGGACUCCGUGGACUGCUAUGGGUUGCUUUGGCUCUCCAACUUCAAAACAGUCUGAUGUCAACUCGGAGGAUUCGAAAAGUCAAAAGCGAAGAAGCGAUGCCAUAUCCAGGCAAUUGCAGAAAGAUAAACAGCUUUACAGGGCAACGCACAGGUUGCUCUUGCUGGGAGCGGGUGAGUCCGGUAAAUCAACUAUAGUCAAACAAAUGCGGAUAUUGCACGUCGAUGGAUUUUCUGAACAAGAGAAAAAACAGAAAAUUGAUGAUAUUAAAAAAAAUAUUCGUGAUGCUAUAUUGACUAUUACUGGAGCCAUGAGCACACUAAAUCCACCUGUAGCUUUAGAAAAGAAAGAAAAUGAACCCAGGGUGGAAUACAUUCAGGAUUACGCCUCUAGUCCUGACUUCAACUAUCCUCCAGAAUUUUAUGAACACACAGAAGAACUAUGGAAAGACAAAGGGGUCCUUCAAACCUAUGAGAGGUCAAAUGAAUAUCAAUUAAUUGACUGCGCAAAAUACUUUUUGGACCGAGUUAGCACAAUUAAGAAUCCAAAUUAUACCCCCAAUGAACAAGAUAUUCUUCGGUGCCGUGUUUUGACUUCUGGAAUAUUUGAAACAAGAUUUCAAGUGGACAAAGUUAAUUUUCAUAUGUUCGAUGUGGGAGGACAGCGCGACGAGCGUCGGAAGUGGAUUCAAUGUUUCAAUGAUGUAACUGCUAUAAUCUUUGUAACGGCAUGCUCAAGUUAUAAUAUGGUUUUGCGUGAGGAUCCCACUCAAAAUCGGCUUCGUGAAUCCUUAGACUUAUUUAAGAGUAUUUGGAAUAACAGAUGGCUACGCACAAUUUCUAUUAUACUUUUUCUAAAUAAGCAAGAUUUGUUAGCAGAGAAAAUUAAGGCUGGAAAAAGUAAAUUGUCGGAAUAUUUUUCCGAGUUUAACAAAUAUCAAACGCCAAGUGACGCAAUAAUGGAAUCUAACGAUGACCCAGAAGUAAUAAGAGCAAAAUAUUUUAUACGUGACGAGUUUCUGCGUAUAUCGACAGCAAGUGGAGACGGUAAACACUAUUGUUACCCACAUUUUACAUGCGCCGUUGACACAGAAAACAUAAAGCGAGUUUUUAAUGAUUGUAGGGACAUAAUUCAAAGGAUGCACCUUCGUCAAUAUGAAUUGUUAUAGGUUAUCCCUAUCGCCGUAAUUCAAAAAAUAAAGUGAAGAAUAUAUUAUUGAAUUACUGUUUUAAAUAUAAUUAUCAAAUGUAAUUUGUAUUUAAAUAGUCCCUUGAAAAAAAAUAAAAGCGCUGCAUUUAGAUCUGGUAUGACCUUUCACAAAACUCAACAUUAAAGAAGAAUAAAUAAACAUGUUAUUAACAA